AUGAGAAGAGACAGCCAAUUUGUCAAAAGUUACAUACAUGAAAUCGACAAGUAUGUGCACAAGGGUUACGCGAGGGAACUUUGCGCCGAAGAAGCCAGUAUAGUGAAACCAACUACGUGGUAUUUGCUCCACUUCGGUGUGGUUAACGCACGCAAGCCGGAUAAUCUGCGCAUAGUGUUUGACGCAGCCGCUAAGGCUUCCGAUGUAUCGCUUAACAGUGCCUUACUCAAAGGACCAGUUAAGGCCCAAUCUUUAGUCAAUAUUUUCUUUAAAUUUGGGCAAGGAAUCAUCGCGGUUGCUGGAGACAUCCAGGAGAUGUUUUCUCAAGUGCGCAUCAGAGUUGAGGAUCAAGACUCGCAGCGCUUCUUGUGGAGAGGCGAUGAUUCCAGUCAACCAAUUCGUACUUAUGCCAUGACCUCAAUGAUUUUCGGUGCUGCUUGUUCUCCAUGUUGCGCGGAAUAUGUUAAAAACAAAAACGCCGCCAGAUUCGCCGACCAGAUGCCAAAAGGUGUGGAUGCCGUACAAAACAAAACUUACGUUGACGAUCUGGUGAUCAGCUUCAAUAAUGUCGAAGACGCCAACAAGACUAUUCGGGAAGCCGUAGAAAUUAUUUCCGCUGCCGGGUUCCAACUGCGCAAGUUUGUGUCAAAUAGGAAAGUCCUAGAAGCCAAUUUGAACGGUAGCAGCAAUGUGCCACGACCAGUCAUCAAUUUGGAACGACAGGCCACCGCUGAUAAAAUUCUGGGGAUGUUUUGGAACACAACCACAGACGCCUUUGAGUUCCAUUUCAAGUUUUUUAAUAUUUCCAACGACAUUCUGCAGUGUAAGCGACUACCGACCAAGAGAGAACUGUUGGGAAUCGUGAUGUCCAUAUACGAUCCCUUCGGACUCCUAGCCAACGUAACAAUUUUUGCCAAAUUCUUGAUACAGGCUCUGUGGAAGCAAAGCAUAGCCUGGGACGACGAGUUGGCUAAUCAUUUAGCAGCGCAAUGGGAGUCUUGGUGGUUGAACUUUCAGGCAGUAAAAACAUUCUCGAUCCCACGGUGUUACUCAAGUUUGAUACCGUCCGCUGACAGCAUCCAGCUACAUAUUUUUGUUGACGCUAGCACACAGGCAUCAGCCGCAUAUUUAAGAGUAAAAAAGGAAGAAGCAGUGAAGGUAGCUCUUGUUUGCGCCAAAUCAACUUGCGCGCCACUUAAAGCAGUAACGGUUCCAAGGUUGGAACUACAAGCUGCAAUCCUCGGAUGUCGCAUCAAAACAUUGCUGGAAGAAGGUCACGAGAUUCGCAUCGACAGCACGACGUUUUGGAGCGAUUCACAGACGAUUAUCCUGUGGGUACGCGCGCACGCUCGAACUUUCAAACCCUUCGUAGCACAUCGGAUCGCAGAGAUCCUCACAUCAACGUCACCGGAUCAGUGGCGAUGGUUGCCUACGAUGUUAAACGUCGUAGACGAAGCCACACGUGCUAUGCCGAUACAUGAGUUCGCCUUACAUUCGCGGUGGUUUAGUGGACCAGAAUUCUUACACCAAGGCGAAGAAUGGUGGCCUCGAGAAACCAUUCUGACGUCCGACGAAUAUAGCAACGAGGAGAUCACUAGUCGACACCUGCUUGUGCGAUACAGGAGCGAAGACCGUUAUGACGGUGAACUGCAUGCCGACGAAUUAGCCGUUGCCGAAAACUGUCUAUGCCGUCUGGUCCAAAAAGAAGCGUACCAGCAUGAAAUCAGUCUGGUGCGUAAGAAGUCACCGUUGCCAAAAAUCUCCAGUCUCUACCAACUGACUCCGCACUUGGAUGAAGAAGGUUUUCUAAGGGUCUGUGGAAGGAUAGACGCAGCGUAUUGUCUGCCGAUUUCAGCACGUAGACCAAUCAUAUUGCCAACAAAAAGCCACGUCACGAGGCUAGUAGUAGCACCAGAAAACACACCACCAGAACGACAACCUUACGAAGAACGAGGUACGCCAACGGUAUUGGAUACCCGCAAUACGUAA